AUGGAACCUUGUAAAGUAAAUUAUGAAAUGCCAGAUAAAAAAAGUUAUAAGAUUGAAAAGUGUACAGUAGUGAAUAUAAGAAAAGAGAUAGCAAAAAGAAAUAACGGAAAUAACUAAAUUCCAUAUGACAAUAUUAUCCUUGUAGACAUGAAGGAUGAUUAAGUUUACUCUGCAUCAACUGCUUUAUACUAAACUAGAAACAACAGAGAAAAAGAGGUGUUUUAUAAAGUUUAUGAUGCUGCAACCCUAUAUAAAGAGAAAAAAGAAUUAUAGAUUAAAUAUGAAAAAAAUUAAGAAGAAUUGAUUUAAGCCUAAUAGGAAAAAAAUUAAUUAACAGAAGAAAAGAAAAAUAAAGAAAUAGAAUAUACAGAUAGAAUAAAUUAAUUAUCUCAAAAUAAUAACACAAAAAUUGCUGAUAUUCUAAAAAAUGCACAAGAAGAAAUAAACAAAUGUAAUAAAGAAAAAGAAGAUUAAAUAAAUAAAGUUUGGAAAAAAUGUAAUUAAAUCGAAUCAGAGUUAGAAUAAAAAAUGCAUCAAAACAAUGAACAAGCAAGAGAAAUUACAAACUUAAAAGAUGAUAAUGGAAAAUUAUUUAACUAAGUUUAAUAAUUGUGUAAAGAUUUAGAAAAAGUCAAAUUAGAAAAGGCAGAUAUGUUAAAUAAAUGGUAAAACUACCACUAAGGUGAGUUAAAUAAAUGGAAUAAUUAUAUUUAAAAUUAUAAUAAAUAGAAUUGUGACUUACAACAAAUGAAUGAACAACUUAAAUAUGAAGCUUAAGCAUUAAUUGAUAAUAUAAGUCAGAAAGAAAUUGAUAUGGCAAAACUCACAAAAUAAUUAAAAAUUGAUAAGGAGAAGUAUGAAAGAGAAAAAAAAACAAUGGAGGAGUAAAAUGAAUAAAAAUAUAAUCAAUUGGAACAAGAAAAAGCUUAGAAAGAUAAAGUAAUAAAAGAACUUAAAAAGGUAAAUGAAGAAUAAGAAGAUACUAUUAGGCAAACUAAUAUUGUUAAAGAUGAUAAAGUUCAAACACUUUAAGAUAAAGAUAUAGAAAAUAGAAAAUUAAUAAGAGAAGUUAAAAGUUUAAAUUUAGAGAAAUAAUCUUUAGAAGACAAUAAUAAAUAGUUAAUCUAUUAAACAUAGCAAUUGAAAUAAUAAAUCGAUAACUAUUAUCUGAAAAUUUCAGAAUUGAAUGCAAAAAUAGAAGAAGAUAAUGAAGAAAUUGAGAAAAAAAAUGGAGAACUAACAUAAAAAAAUUAAUAGAUUGAUAAAUAAAAAAGAGAAUGUUAAAGUUUACAAUAGUAAAAGUCAACAGUAGAAAAGGAUAAUUAAGAAUUAAAAAGUGAAAUCUAAAAAUUAAAAUCAGAUUUAGAAGAACAAAAUUUUGGAGGGUAAAACUAAUAAACAGAAAUACAAAAAUUAAAUGGUUAAAUAAAAAGAAGUGAACUAGAGUUAUAAAAUGCAUAACAACAAAAUUCAGCACUCUAGGAAAAAUAUAGAUAGUUGUAAAAAAUUAGUUCAGAUAAAGAUGGUAAAAUAAGUUCAUUAGAAAUACAACUAGGCUAAUGUCAAAAUACAUUGAGAUAAAGAGAAUUAGAGCUUUAAGACUAAAAAAAAUCAUUUGACAGCUUUAGUGUACGGUCUUAAGAAACUCUGAAGCAUCUGUAGUAAGAAUUGGAAUCAUAGAUGUAAUAGUAAUCAGUAAAAGAUUUAAUCAUAAAGAAAUUAUCAAAAAAGAGUUAGGAUGAAAAGUAGCAUGAUAAAAUUACUGGUUUAAUGGAGAAAUUAAUGUUAUCAGCUUUUAAAAUUAAUAAAUUCCUAGAGGAUGCAAAUUCUCUCCCAGAUGUCCAAUAAUGUUAAAUUUUUGAAAUUACUAUUGAUUAUGAAAAAGCAAAACAAUAUUUGUAGAAGAACUAAUAUUUUUAAUUUGAAGAAUGUUUAAUAAAGACCAAUAAGGGUAAUGUCACUAUUAAAAGAAAUUUAAAUUCAAAUGCAGAAUCUACAUUUUUUAAAGGUUAUCUUAGUAUUAUAAAUGAGGCAGCUGCCAAUGAAUAUAAAAAUAAACAUCUUUUAAGAAAAGAAUUGAUCUCAUAAACUUAACCAUUUUUAAAUUUAGAUGAAGCAAUUGAAAUAUCUAAAAAUAAUUUCUUAUGUUAAAUAUUAAUGGAACAUUUUAAUAGAUCUUUAAAAAGUUAAAAUAUGUAAGCUUAAGGAACAUCGAUUGCAAGAUAGUUUGUUUUAAAACCUUAAGGUAUUAAAUGUAAUUAUUAAUUUAAUAGAUAAGGAAGAAUAUUAUUACUGUGAAAUGGUAGAAGAAGGAGAUUGUAGAAAAAUAAAUGGAGGUCAUUUCAUUCCUCAAUUAAAUGACUCAUAUUUUAAUGCAUUCUCUAAAUAUGUGUGUUACUUGUCAAAUUAAAAUUAUACUAUAACACAUAUUCAUGCUUGUGGAAAUUAUAUUUAUGAUAUGAUUGUUAGUACAAAUAUCAAAGGAUUAUUCUCACCUUUAGAUUAAGGACCAACUGAAAUUGGAUAAUUUUUAGAUAUCAUUAAUUCUUCUCCAGCAAAUGUAAUAAAUCGUCAUUGGAAUAACAAUAUUGAAGAUACUGCUAAAAAAGGAUUUAUUUGAAUAAUAUUAAUAAGA